AAAACAUAGAUUUAUUCAGUGAAUAUUCCGUUGAAUUGUUCUGCCGGCCACUGAGAACAUAUGAAUGUUUGAAGCAAUUAACGAUAAUCUAACUUUCAUUGACGUUUUUAACAAUGUUAAACCUCGAAUGUCAUACUCAAUCAACAAUAAUAUAACUCUAAAUACAGUCCUAUUUAUUUGCAUUAUAUUGCACCAAACUUUAACGUAACACAUUCGCCACAUAUCAGUUUCAAAAGCAUAAUGUCUCUCCAAGGGUUCUCCGGCGGGGAUGAUCGAGUCCACAUUGCCGGAAGUACUACAAAUGGUUUCGACCCAAAAACCGGAAUAUAUCACUCCCUUCUCAACCUUGGUCCCCGUUACAAAAUCCCCGCCAAGCAUAACCUCGACACGGCCGCAUUUGUUUUGUCGCAGUUUCUGCCCCGAUAUGAGGCCGAGUUGAGAGUUGCACUCAUUGACUCGGCCACCAACGAACGAGUCACCUAUGAACAGCUUCGACAUUCAAUUCAUGCUCUUGCUUCAGGCUUGUACCAGGCACUUGGUGUUAGAAAAGGGGAUGUGGUUUUUCUCUUGUCACCUAACUCACUUUUGUACCCAACCAUAUGCCUGGCAGUGUUGACAAUUGGUGCAAUUUUAACCACGGCAAAUCCGAUCAACACCGAGUCAGAAAUCGGCAAGCAAGUUCGCGAUUCGGGCGCCAAGCUUGCUAUUUCAUCUCCUGAGGAGCUUCACAAAUUGGUCCCAACUGGGGUGCCUACAAUAUUAACAUCAAGGCUGUUGAGUGGUGAUGACUCACUCACCAUUGAACAGUUGAUUGAAGGUUAUGAUCCCAUUCCAACCGAGUUGAUGCAAGCCCGUCCGACUCAGUCAGACACUGCUGCUAUUUUGUACUCCUCAGGGACUACUGGGACAAGUAAAGGUGUAGUUCUAACACAUGCAAAUUUCAUUGCCAUUAUCACAAUGCUCAGAUGGACGGUGGACGAAACAUCAGCACAGGACGAUGUGUUUUUGUGCUUCAUUCCUAUGUUCCACAUCUACGGGCUCGCUUUCUUCGGCCUUGGAUUGUUUUGCGCAGGAACCACCACUGUUUUGAUGCAAAGGUUUGAGUUCAACACCAUGUUGGAUGCUAUAAAAACUCACAAAGUGAGCAACAUACCAGCCGUGCCUCCGGUGAUUCUUGGACUAGUAAAGUACGCAAGCAAAGCUGCCUGCGACUUGUCGUCUCUGAGGAGGGUGAGCUCAGGGGCCGCACCGUUGAGCAAAGAAUUGAUUGAUGAGUUUAGAGAGCGGUUUCCUUGGGUUGAGAUGAGGCCAGGCUAUGGCCUAACGGAAAGCUGUGGUGCAGCAACUAUUUUCAUUUCAGACAAGCAGGCAAAGGCUCACUCCGCCUCUUGUGGGGUUCUGCUGCCGGGUUUUUCUGCUAAGAUAGUGGAUAUCGAAACCAGGGAGGCCUUGCCGCCAUAUAAGGAAGGAGAGCUGUGGCUAAAGAGCCCUACUAUUAUGAAAGAGUAUUUGGGGAAUGUGGAAUCGACACUUGCAACUAUUGACUCAAAUGGCUGGCUGAAAACUGGUGAUCUUUGCUAUUUUAAUGAGGAAGGCUUCCUUUUCAUCGUUGAUCGGAUAAAGGAGCUCAUCAAGCAUAAUGGAUAUCAGGUUGCUCCGGCGGAAUUGGAGGCCAUACUUUUGAGUCAUCCUCAAAUUCUUGAUGCAGCCGUUAUACCUGUUGAAGACGAAGAAGCAGGACAAAUACCAAUGGCAUAUGUGGUGAGAGCAGCUAGUCCAGAUGGACUCACUGAAGACCAAGUCAUCCAAUUUGUUGCCGGCCAGGUGGCUCCCUACAAAAAAGUAAGAAGAGUGGACUUUAUCUCUGCCAUUCCGCGGUCACCAGCAAGUAAAAUCUUAAGGAAGGAACUGGUUAUCUUACAAAACAAACAGCAAACAGUCUCUAGAUUGUAAUGCCUUUUUAUCUGCCAUUCCGGGAUAAGCGAGUUACAAAGUAUAAAGUAAGAGUUAUAGAUUAUUGUCGUUCGAAUCAUACAUUUGAGGUUUUUAAAUUCAAUAAAGAUCAAUGUUAUCCAUUCUAAGAACCAAUCCAUGUUUCUCUAGCAUGCAUUGCUCACUCACCAUA